AUUUUCAAUUUUGGCCUACUUCAUUUUUUUACCAUUCGUUUUGGGCCACUGCAGCCCACUCGUCCUAUACACGUACGGACGGACGGGAGCAACAGAGCGCCAGACCAUCACACACUACGCACGGACGACAUCGAGGAACCCUAGACUAGAGCACAUUGCACGGGCGACGGCGCGCCACCGGUGACUGGCGUCCCCUCCUCGGUCCUCACUCCCCAGCAUGGCGACGCCCUGCCGCAGCAGAAACGAUCAACCGAUCGGAAAACAUUAAUUUGUAUUCGAUUUGAAAGCGCACCCGGCACCUGCUCCGUUCCUGCGCUGCUUGGCUUCCGGUCUGUGUCAAAGCUUGCAUCUCACGCGAGUCGCACAAGGACGAACCCUAUACAGCUCCAGGAGGUCGGUGCCCUAGCCACCUAGGCCACCUUCCUGGAGACCGGGCGGCGACGACGGGGACGAACGACCGCGAUGGGCUUCGAGCGUGUGGAGCUGCGGUGUCCCAGGGAGCUGGACCCACGGCCGAGCUGGACGCUCGGCGAUGUGCUCGCUGAGCUUGACGCGCUGGAUGCCACCCGCCGCGCUGCGCCACCCACGCCCCUGAAGCAGCCGCCGGAUUGGGCUAACGGUGGUGGUGAGAAGGCCUUUGUGAUGCGGGUUGAUGACGACGACGAAGACGACACAGAAGAUGAAGACGAUGGUACAAGUGGUGGGAAGUCCCGGGCUCUGGUGGCCAAAGGAGCAAGGUUCUCGUGUAAUGAUCUUGCAUCAAGUGAUUCAGAGGAUGAAUUAGAUGGUCAGGUUGCCCCAUACCACUUAAUGGAGAAAAGGGACCUAGCGAAGAGCAUUCUUCUUGAGCUGGAACACGAGCAUCAUCUAAAAGUUCAAGAAGAAGUUAGAAGUAAGCUAGCUUCAUUGGAGGUAUGCCACCAAAAUGAAAUUCGGAGAACGAUCUCUGCAUUUGCCCGACUUCAGAAAUAUGCAGAAUCAAGAAAGGAGAUAGACAGAAGACUUGAUGUACACUUCCAGAGAAGAAUUGCAGAAGUACUCGAUAAACACUUAUCUAUGGUCCAAAGGGAUCAUGAACAAAAAUCCCAGAUUGUUGAACGCCGAAUAAGAGAUGAUGCAGCUCUUGAAGAAGCUAAAAGAAAAGAGCAAGCUGUCAAGGAAGAAAAGUUAAGGCAGGAAAGAGCCCAGCAAGAAGCAGAGGCUAGACAGAAGGAAGCUGCAAAAUUAGCAGCUGAAGCACGAAAAACAGCAUUUGAGGCUGCUAAAAAGGAAGCAGCAGAAAAGGAAGCAGCAGAAAAGGAGGCUGCUAAAUUGAGAGAUGCAGCAGCUUCUCAACCUAGUCCGAAUUCCCAGAAUAAUACUGCAGAAGGCAUUAAAGUUUUUGGCGAUAAAUACGCACUAGAAGCAGAGUCACGGAGGCAUGCAUUAGUACAGAAUCAAGUGCCAGAAAACAUUCAUCACAGCAAGGAAUUCAGCAAAUAUGACCGACAAAUUGCCAAAUCCAUAAGUAAACUUAUGCCAACUACUGACAGUGUCAGAACAAGGGCUAGUGAGCUUGUUAAAGCUUUAAAUGGACAGGAUUGUCCCCGUCCAAUCUCUUGUUGUCUAUUUGCUAACAAGAUUAUUUCCAUUGUCAAGAGUAGAAAUACAAAGGACAAGACCUUUGGAAAUUUGGCCUUUGCGUGUGGAUAUGUCAUGCUAUUAGUUACAAAUCAGGUACCAGACGCAAUGGAUUAUCUUUUAGCUGAGUUCAACAGAGUUUGCAUAUACACGGUUCCAAAGCAUAUGCAUGCUUUGAAUGCACAAGCACGAAAUAGAGAUUAUUACAGACUGAUAGGUUACCAGGAAGAAAAUGGACAGCUCGAGAGCACUGAAAGUUAUCUAACAUACGUCGUUGCAUAUGUUAAACUCUACGCAGCAAUGAUUCAGACGGAAAUCAAAGGUGUUCGUCAUCCUCAUGGUUUAGCUGAGGGAUGGAAGUGGCUUGCCAUGUUCCUCAAUUCUCUCCCAGCUACUACAGCCACUGCAUGUGCCCUUCACGCUUUCCUCAAGAUGGCUGGUUUUGCACUUCACAAGAAAUAUGGGUCACAGUUCAUGAAAAUCCUGGAUGUAAUAUCACGGUGCUUUUUACCAGCUUUGAAGGAACAAGGCAACAAGAUGCAGGCUGAGGCUGUCAACAAUCUACAGAAUUACCUGAACGACAAGAUCUACCUGGAGGAACCAGAAGGGCAGUACCUCGUCCAGCAACUACUAUCCAAGGAGUUGUUCAUGUAAAGAUCAAAACACCAGAUCGGUAUGAGACAUCGUGUGUGAUCGUCUGAAGGGCGGUACCUCGUCCAAGCUACCACUAUCGCAAGAGGGGCCUCAUGUAGAGAUGAAAGCACCAGAUCGAUAUGGAGCUGUUCGUGUUUCAGAAACACGAUCGAGCCUUUCAAAUCUCACGAACAUUAUUUAUGGGACAGUCCCCCAGAUCAUUUCCCCCCUCUGCACGGGAUCCUGACGAUGUAUUUGUUUAUGUGACUUGUAUCCGGCCAAGGACAGGUAUGAUAGGUUGAGGUUUUAUGUUUGUUGUAGUUGUACAUGUACUACUAGAAUCGUGACCAGAACAAAAUAAUACUCGACCACUUCGGCGUGGGCCCAGCGGUGGCCAAAGUCAAGGUCAACUUGACACGCGACACUUUGUCUACUCUGUUUGCAAUGAAAUCUAAUGUUUGUGCUUCAAACAAAAUAGUUUUAAUAUAAA